AUGUUCCGGCGCCUGGGUCUGCAGGGCUUCACCAGCAGCCGUGCUGUGUGCUCAGGCGCUCGUACGUACUUCUACGCGAACUGCGGUGAGACUGGCAUCAGCGGCGCGACGAUGCAGGUGAUGCUCAAGGUGACUUUGGCGUGCUGCGUAGUGCAGGUCUUCGCUAUUCGCCACUUCGUGUUCAACCGCCUGGGGACCAAGAAACAGUUCAUCGAGGACUCCACAGAUCUGUGGACGAACGAUGGGACUGAAAUGGAGGGUGAGGAGGCUGUGGCCAACCUCCGCAUCCAGCACGAGCGCAUCAUGCCGUUCAUGAAUGACAUCAAAGACAAGCUGGACGCGCAGGCUUAA